AUGGAUGAUGUGCAUUGUGAAAUAUUCAUUCAUCGAAGAAAAUGUUCUGAUGGAUGUCAAUGUCUUGUAACUGAUGCUCAUCAUUUGGCUGAUUUUGAUCAUCCUGAAUAUUGUCCUGAUGGAGGUCGUUGUACUAAUAUGGGAAAGGAUCAUCUGAAUCUUUAUCGACAUGUACCAAUAUGUAAAAACGGCAUUGAUUGUGAUCGUAGAUACACACAAGGAGCACAACAUCUCGCGCAAUUUCGUCAUUGUCAACAUCCAUGCGAAUUUGGGGGUAAUUGUGUUCAUUUUCAUGAUCAAAAACAUAUCACUAAUGAACAACAUCCAUUCAAUCCACCUUGUCCUUAUACACCUUUUUCAUGUAAAAUGUUUGCUAAAUUUUUACAACCAAAUAAUGGUCAAAAUAAUAAUUCAACAAAUCAAAAUGAAAUGAAUGAAAUUAGAACACAUUGUUGCCGUUAUUCACAUAUAUGUCCAUGGGGUCGUUUAUGUAAUGAUCAAAGUGAAGAACAUUUAUCAAUCACAAUUCAUAUCGCUCGACAAAUGUGUCCAAAUGGAAAUAAUUCAUGUAAUCAAAUGAUGGAAGAAGAUCAUCUUGAUUCAUUUAGUCAUUUAAAUGUACGAGAUAUGCGUUUGUUAUGUUAUUAUCCAGGUUCUGAAUGUCGUGAUCGUGCAAAAGUUGAACAUAUUAUCAAAUAUCGACAUAACUACAUGUUAGAUUAUUUAGGUGUCGCACAAUAUUUUGCGCUAAAUAAACAAAUUAAUUUUGUUCAAAAUCAAAUUGAAAUGACUCAAAUGAUUUGUAAUUACGUCAAAAAAACCUACAAACAAGCAUGGACAAGUGUUUCUGUUCCAAAAAAUUUAUUAGAUUGGAUCGCUGCUCUUCAACCUAUUCAUCGAUGUGUCGCGCCUAUUUUUGAAUCAAUUCUUGUACAUGGACAUGUUAUGAGUCGUUCUUAUAUACAAAGAUUAAAAGAUCCGACAUUUGUCGCUGGUAUUGUCGAUCAACAUAAACGUGUACGAACAAUACUUGCUAGUCAAGUUCCCCACAAAGAGCUACGGGAGGGAGAGGCAUGA